AUGUAUGAAGUACUUAUGAGUGGCACCCGUGGUAAUAGUAGCAGUAAUAUACAUAACCGUAUAAAAGAAGAUCCUAAGCCUGGACGUCAUGCAAAACAAAGACUUCGACAUAAUUCCUUCCAUAUGCGUUGCAUGCGCAGUGUCUUGGGUGUCACACGGCAAGACAGAAUUACAAAUGAAGGAGUCCUUGAGAAAGCGCAGCCUCCCAGUUUCACUGCCCUGCUUAAACAGUCACAUCUGCGGUGGCUGUUAAGGGUGCAAAGAGAAGUGUUGGGCAAUCUCUGCUUCGCUUUAAAGACCGCGUCCACAUGA